UCUUCUCUCCAGCAAACACAAGGAGUAGUACCAAGCUGACCCGAGCAGGUAGGCAUAUGGCGCCCAAGCUUGCCGUUCUCGCCGUGCUCGCGUCUUUGCUCGGUGCCGUGUCCUGUGAAUUCCUCUCAAUCUAUGACGGCUACGGCUUUCCACUACCGAAUCCCAACCAGCCGUUUAAGCUCCCACCGGCUUCCCCUCCCAAGAACCCUCGCCCUGACCUCAAGGUCGGCUACUACGCCGCCAACAAAUGCCCCCAGGCUGAGGAGAUCGUGAAAAGGGCCGUGAAGGAAGCCACCCCGGGCGAAAAGGCCGGGCUCAUCCGCCUCUUCUUCCAUGAUUGCUUUGUCCAGGGCUGCGACGCCUCCGUCCUGCUGGAAGGCCCAGACACGGAGAGGACGGCUUUCCCCAACCUAAGCCUGCGCGGGUUCAACAUUAUCGAGAAGGCAAAGGCUGCCCUUGAGGUGGAAUGCAAGGGCAUCGUCUCCUGCGCCGACAUCGUCGCCUUCGCCGGGCGCGACGCCAGCUAUAGCCUGAGCGACCGCAAAAUCAACUACCAGGUGCCGGCCGGCCGCUACGACGGCAAAGUAUCACGCGCCAACGACACCUUCUUGAACCUGCCCCCACCCUUCGGCGACCUCAAGACGAUCACAGACAUGUUCGCUGCAAAGGGGCUCGAUCAGACGGAUAUGCUCGUGCUCUCUGGUGCGCACUCCAUCGGCCGCUCGGCCUGCGGCUCCUUCGCCAACUCCUUCUCCAACCGUUUGCUGCCUGACAACUCCAGCACGGCCAUGAACCGCACGCUCGCCGACCAACUGAACACGACAUGCACUGCGAACAGCAUAAAUGUGCCGCAGGAUUACGAGACCGCCAACGAGUUGGACCACCAGUACUACAAGAACGUGCAGGAACACAAUGUGCUCUUCACCUCCGAUGCGGUACUGCUGGAGUCACCGGAGACCAAGGUCUUGGUGGAUUCAUUUGCCCGUGACCCUUUCUUUUUGUCGGAUAUUAUUCCAAUUGGCCGAAACCCCUGGUACGAUGCAUUCGCUAAAGCCAUGGUGAAGAUGGGAAACUGGGAGGUGAAGAACAGCACCGUGGGCGAGAUCAGGCAAUUCUGCGGGAAGGUCAAUGACAAGACCUAUUAAGGCCCUAUCCACACCCGUUGAUCAUCAACCCAUCUUUAUGGAGAGUAACGUUUUCCUAGUAUACGGUUUUCGGUUAACUUUUCUUGUUUACUUUCAAUGAAGGCUUUGUACCUUCGUUUAUUUUGUACCGUGCGUCCUAAUACCACCAUUCAUGUAUCAUCUUUAUUCAUUUUUAUUUGAUAUGAUAAUUCACUGCUACUGUACUUCUUUUUUGCACUGAAUUGUGGCAACUACGCCAAUUUUCCUUA